CGCUCUCAAAGCAUGCGACUUAAUGCACUCUCGGCGCAUUUGGACUCGCUUUCUUCGGUUUCGGAGUACAUUCAUCUGCAAUAGAGGUUGCUGAUUGUGUGUGUCCAGCAUGACAAAGAGUCCUCCUAACAGGCGUGGGAUCGUGUUUGAGGUGGGAGCGCAGCUGGAGGCCAGAGACACCCUGAAGAACUGGUACGCAGCCAACAUAGAAAAGAUCGACUAUGAAGAUGAGAAAGUUCUGAUCCACUACAGACAGUGGAGUCACCGCUAUGACGAGUGGUUCGACUGGAGCAGUCCGUACCUCAGACCCGUGGAGCGAAUCCAGCUGAGGAAACAGGGGCUGAAUGAACGACAGUGCGCUUCAGGUUUUCAGGUCAACCAGAAAGUGCUAGCCAGCUGGUCUGACUGUCGCUACUACCCUGCUAAGAUCCUGUCUCGAGACAAAGAUGAUUUCUACACAGUGAAAUUUUUUGAUGGGAUCAUCAAGACAGUGAAGGGAAUUAAAGUCAAGCCGUUCCGUAAACAGAGCUCUGAUGGAAGGAGCAAUCAGCAAGCUCGAAAGCGUGCCGAUCAGAACGAAAAAGAAUUGAAACCCAAGGAGAAUGGAAACAGCCGGCACAACAGCUCGAGACACAGCGUAUCAGACCACGAUGGAGAGAGCGAAUCAGAGGCGGACGAAGACACCACAGUGAUGGAUGAGUCCACAGACCUCCAGAACGGCGGAGAGAAAGAAAGCACAGAAACGAAGAUGGUAAACGAUUCAGAGGUGAGUUCUGCUGAGCACCAGCCCAGUGAAGACCAGAACCAGCCCAGUGAAGACAAGACCGAAAACCUGGAGAAUGGAAAUGUAGAGAUUAAAAUAGAGGAGGAGGAAGAAGAAGAGAUGGAUGGAGGACAGGAGGAGGCUAAAGUACUUCAUAAUGGCAUUGACAAGAACGAUGAGCACAAGGGCGAAGCAUCGGACGAAAGUCCUAGUUUGCCCAAGAGGACACGGAGCAGGACGGCAGAUGGAAAAGAAGCAGAAAUGGUCAAUGGUCCAGAACUGAGGAAGAGACGAGCUUCAACAGGACAGACGUCACCGGCCAAAAGAAGCAGAGCCAAUUCAAGCACAGACAGAAACACUCAGACUCCCAUCAAACCAGUUAAAUCUGACUCUGUCCCAGACACUUUGGACAUUAAGGAUGAAAAGACGAGUCCUGCAGGAAAACCAGCCCCUGCAGAAGAGGCAGGAUCUACCCCUGAACUUGCUGCAGCACUCAAACGUCAAGUCCACCUCCCAACCACAAACAAGUACAGCAGAGAACCACUUUACAGGGUCAUCAAAAACCAGCCUCCCCCUAUCCUGUCCAUUGAGCUGGACCACAACCCCUUCAAAUGCAAGAUGGCCGGAUGCCUUAAGUCUUUCCGCAAGGCGUCCCUCCUGCACUACCACAUGAAGUACUAUCACGCACAGAGCGACCCGAGCCCCCCACGCUGCGUCCAGACGCGCUCUUCAGACAAGCAGAGCCCCAGUCAGGAGACCCCCCGCAGACGCCGCACCGUCUCUGCUUCACACCAUACUCCAUCUCCUCUGAGUGACAGUAAGUCGGGUCACUCUCUGUCGCCCCCUGCUGUGGGUAUCAAGCACCGGCAGCGCUCGGCCACACUGGGAGCCGAGAGGAGCAAAGAGAACCAGGUCUUCAACCGCUCGCUGCAUGACGACAGAGACUGGGUUGCCAAGGAAACAGCGCUGAAGGAACGCGAGAGGCUGAGAGAGAAACGGCAGAGGGAGUUCUUCCGCAUCAAGCUGAAGAAAAAGAAGAAGAAGAAAAGGAAGUCGAAGUCAGGUGAAGACAGCAGCAGUGAUUUGUCCUCGGACAGUCCAGUAUGGAGUGAGGACGAGUCUGACACUGAGCUGGAUCUGAACGUCCCCCUCUCGGAGCAGGGGGUGGAAACAGUCACUCACAGCUCUGAGAUCGUACGCUGUAUUUGUGAAGUGCAGGAGGAGAACGACUUCAUGAUACAGUGUGACGAGUGUCUGUGCUGGCAGCAUGGGACAUGUAUGGGUCUCUAUGAGGACAGUGUGCCAGACAGUUACAGCUGCUAUAUCUGCAGAGACCCACCAGCUCAGAGGCAGAGUCAGAGGUACUGGUACGAUAAAGACUGGCUGAGCAGUGGACACAUGUACGGCUUGUCUUUUCUGGAAGAGAACUACUCUCACCAGAACAGUAAGAAGGUGACGGCAGCACAUCAGCUUCUAGGAGACGUCCACCGAGUGUUUGAGGUCCUCAACGGCCUUCAGCUCAAGAUGAGCAUCCUACAGACACAAGCCCAUCCGGACCUGAAGCUCUGGCGGCAGCCCUGGAAACAUGCAGACGGCCUGCGGAGGAGGAUGGCAGGUGACUCUGGCAUUGCUACUCCAUUGCCGCCCUCGCCUCCUGAAAUGGGAGAGAAUGAGUUUGAGACACUAAAGAGCGAAGCCCCGUCGCCUAUGGAGACGCAUUGCUCUUUUCAGGACUCGUACAUUAGCAGUGAGCACUGCUAUCAGAAACCCCGUACCUACUACCCAGCAGUGGAGAGAAGACUAGUGGUGGAGACGCGGGGCGGCUCUGAGCUGGAGGACAGUCUCAGGAGCACAGAGGACCUGCUGGAGAUGGCGGAGCAGAGGUACGGCACGCAGCUGGACCACGACCAGCACAAGCUGGCUGAUCGCUCCUUUAGUAAGGAGCUGGAGAGCCGAAUGAAACGACUGGUGUCCGCUGAGCAGGAAAAGAGUUGUGGGGUUGAAAUCAAGGAAGAGGAGCCUGACCCUGUAACCCCUGACCCCAAGCCUGACCCUGACCUUGUGCUACACCAGCAGUGGCAGCUCAAUCUGCUGGAGCACAUUGAAGCGGUGCAGGAUGAGGUCACGCACAGAAUGGACCUCAUCGAGCGAGAACUUGACGUGCUGGAGAGUUGGCUGGACUACACAGGUGAGCUGGAGCCUCCAGAUCCACUGGCUCGACUCCCUCAGCUGAAACAUCGCAUCCGACAACUGCUCACUGACCUGGGAACUGUCCAGCAGAUCGCACUCUGCUCCUCGUCCUCUUGAGGGCGCCAGAGAACAGCUCAAACUCGAUCGCCAAUAGAUACACGUGCCUGUUUGUUUGUUUUUUUACUUUCUCUCUCUAAAAAAAUCAAGCAAGCUAAUGUUUCUGGCACAUGUCUGUUGGACUGAUGAACAUCCAAGCUAACUGAUAUCUGAUGCAAACAACGGUUUUUAUUUUAUAACGCUUCAUUGUAGCACUUAGCUGUCUGUCAUAGACCUAGCAGGUAUUUUGAUAUCGUUUGUUUUUUUUUGUCAUUUCCUCUGUGUUCUUGACAUGCUAAAUAAUUAUUUGUGUUACUUCAUAUGUAAUCAGUUUUUUUUGGGACAUUUUCCCUCUGGGUAAAGAGCUUAAAAAAGGAACUGAAGGGUAUUUUGCUGUAGUUAAAGUAAAAAAAACAAAAACAAAUGUUAAAUAUGAGCAUAACAAUAUACAAAAGCUAUAUUUUAAAUCUGAAAACACUUGCAUUUUACUUCUAUAUUUGUACUAAUGGCUAUGAGAGUCAUGUGAUCUUGUAAAUAACUCAACCGAUUGCUUCAAUACGUGUUCUUUUUUAUUUUUAAAUGAAACUAUUGCAUUUACAGUAAAGACUUUCUGUAAUCUUUGAUCUGUUGUGAAUACUGUAAUUGUGGGCUUUCCGCCUAUAACCAUCCCUUUUUGUUUUAUUUUGUUGACACAAUUGAUGUUGGUUGCAUUUCAAAUCUGUGGACUUUUUCCACUGGCGCAUAUUACAUAAGCACAGAAUGUUGUUCACUUGCUGACCGAGCAUGUAUCUCUGUAUGUCUGUUUCUUUUCUUCUUCUAAUUUCUGAUUUUGUUUCUAUUCACUUUCCUGUCGCUCUCGAGGCUACGCAUUUUUGAAUUAAGACAUUAGAUGCCUUUUAAGUUAUUGUAAUUGUGAAUUUAAGUUAUUGAUUUUACUUUGGUCCAUUGGUUUUCUUUUAUACGGAUUAUUGAAUGAUUAGAGAGAACGAGAGAAAAGCUGGGGUCUUUUUUAUUAGUGUUCUCGCCCUGUGGUGUUAGGAUUUUCAUUUAGAUCAUUACUGUUUAUAUAAAAAAUGUGCUUAAUCUUACUUCAGGCAAAUUUGAGUGUCAUUCACUUUUAAACACACACAUACACACAAGAGACAUUUGUUAUAAGCCUGUGGAUUGAUAUAAUCCUGCCGAUGGGUGUUUUUAUUUUUAUUUGAUUUGUUUUUGUAAGUUUCUUUGUACAACUAAUGAGUGGUUGACCAAUUGACUUCCUCAGUAUUGUGUAUUAUAUUUUUUUGUCUGCCCUGUUGCUUUCCAGUAAUGGAAAUCUACUUAUGAAUCAUAAGUAUUGCUGACUUUUUUAUGUAUUUUUUUUCAUUGUUGCCAUCUUAUGUCAGGGGUCCCUUGAAAUCUACAAGUUCUGAAAAAUAUUGACAUAUAAUCCAAAUGCAAGGAAAUAAAUGCAAACAUUUAAACUCAA